AGGCCAAAAUGCGCCCUGUAUAGCUGAGGGUAUAGGUAGCUGGACCCCUGAUUCCCCUGGAGCUUAGGCGGCAAUAGUGGGGUAAUUCGGAGCUUAUUAUCGAUAUCGAUAGAGCUUCAAUUCAGCACUGAACCUCUGUAAUGUUACAUCACCCACUAUAUCUAGCCUUGCGCAAAGCUCCCUUCACUUAAACACUCUCGUUCAAACCAACGCGCAUAUUACCUGAAGUAGGAUACAUAUACAUGUAGUAAUGGCAGCCGCAAUACCAUCCAUAGCCUGCUUAGGCGUCAUAGGGCGAAACAAUAACCCCCUCCACAUAACAGUCUUCCCCUCCUACGACGCCGCAACCAACACCCGCGCCCCCCUCCGCACACCCCUCCAAUUCUCCCUCCUCCUAAGCAGCACCCUCGACGUCUUCGAAACCCGCUCCCGCCGCGGAAACACCAGUACUCCCGGUCCUGGAUCCGCGGGCGGUGCCACCGCUACAACGCCUAUAGUCACAGGUGAUUUCGGACUGUUACACGCUGUAGAUGAACGACUGGCCGCGUAUGGCUUCGAAACGAAUACAGGCGUGAAAUUCGUCGCCGUGGUGGAUAUGCGCGGCCGCUUACCCCCAGGUUCCGUUUCCACCGCAGCUGGUGUCGCGCCCCCAACACCCGGCCUCGGGGGUUCGGGGGGUGGUUUAUUAGGUGCGGGUGCGGGUGUAAGAGGGGGAGUCGGACUACGGGAGACGGAAUUACGAGUUGUGUUUCGCGCGAUGCAGACUGCGUACGUGCGGUUACUCCAGAAUCCAUUUUACGACCCGGAUGAACACGCGCCGUUAACACCGCCGGUGGGAAAUGGAGGGGCGGGAGCUGGUGGAAGUGGGAAGAGGAUUACGAGUCGUAAGUUCGUAGAAGAGAUGAGGAGGAUUGGGGAGAAUUGGGCGCCGGGCGUGGCGAAUGUGUAGAUGGUGCUGUGUUUCUCUGAUGGAGAUGAUAGAUGGGUGGUAUUAAAGAGACGGGAGUGUUGAAAUACCUAGGUGCGUACGCAUUUAUGGGCGGCGUUAUGAAGCUGGCAU